AUGGUGGGAGGAAAUAACCAGGUUUCUGUGAAGCAGAGUAACAGAGGAAACCUACUGAGAGUCAGGGAAGGCAUCUUCAAGCAGGUGAUGUUUAUGUACAUGGGCUGCAUUGAAGUCCUCCGUUCCAUGCGCUCCCUGGAUUUUAACACUCGCACCCAGGUUACCAGGGAAGCCAUCAAUCGCCUGCAUGAGGCUGUGCCCGGUGUCCGGGGCUCCUGGAAGAAGAAGGCCCCCAACAAGGCUCUGGCCUCCAUCCUGGGCAAGAGCAACUUGCGCUUUGCCGGCAUGAGCAUCGCAGUCAACAUCUCCAUUGAUGGGCUCAACCUCUCGGUGCCCGCCACACGCCAGACCAUCGCUAGCCACCACAUGCAGUCCAUCUCCUUUGCAUCCGGUGGUGACACGGACAUGACGGAUUACGUGGCCUACGUUGCUAAGGACCCCAUCAACCAGAGAGCUUGUCACAUCCUGGAGUGUUGCGGCGGCCUCGCUCAGAGCGUCAUCAGCACUGUGGGCCAGGCUUUUGAGCUGCGUUUCAAGCAGUACCUGCACAGCCCCCCCAAGGUGGUCGUGCCCCCGGAGAGGCUGACCGGGCUAGAGGACUCGGCCUGGGGGGAUGAGGAGGCCCUGGAGCACAAUUACUACAACAGCGUCCCCGGGAAGGAGCCGCCCCUGGGAGGGCUGGUGGACUCGAGGCUGGCUCUGCCGCAGCCCUGCGCUCGGAACACCCUGGGCCAGGGCACAUCUCCUCCUCGAAGAGACGCCCGCGGCCUGCUGUGGGACCUGGGACCCUCAGGUUCAGCCCAGCCAGGGGACGGCUACGUGCAAGCAGACAGCCGGGGCCCCCGAGACUACGAGGACCACCUGUACGUCAACACGCAGGGUCUGGACGCCCCGGAGCAGGAGGAGACAGUGCCCCCGCAGCCUGAGGACAGCCCCCAGAAGGACCUGUUUGACAUGCGCCCCUUCGAGGACGCCCUGAAGCUCCACGAGUGCUCGGUGGGGGCGGCGCCCCCUGCCUUGGAGGACCAGUGGCCCAGCCCCCCCACCCGCCGCGCUCCCAUCGCCCCCACAGAGGAACAGCUGCGGCAGGAGCCCUGGUACCACGGCCGGAUGAGCCGUCGGGCGGCAGAGAAACUGCUUCGAGCCGAUGGAGACUUCCUCGUUCGCGAUAGCGUCACCAACCCCGGGCAGUACGUGCUGACCGGCAUGCACCUGGGACAGCCCAAGCACCUGCUGCUAGUUGACAAAUAAAAAGGCACAGUGCGGACGAAGGACGUGCUGUUCGAGAGCAUCAGCCAUCUGAUCGACUACCACCUGCAGAACGGGCAGCCCAUCGUGGCCGCCGAGAGCGAGCUGCACCUGCGCGGCGUGGUCAAGCGCGAACCCUGA